CCUCCGCUAGUCAGUUGCCCACGAUAACGGUAACUUAACGGUAAGCAGGCAAGGACGAGCGCUUUCGGCCGCGUCCUCGUCUUCGUACUUGUACUCGAACUCGAACUCGUUGUCGUCCUGGUCGUCGGUAUCAGGACCGGUAACGGAAUCAGACCUACCCCGUUCUCGGCCACGUUCUUCGGUGCCAGUCCUGCGCGCAAGCGUCUUUGAAUUUUCUUCGAGUUUUAAUUUUUUGUGUGAGAAUCGGCAGCGGAAGGAGAUCCCAUUCGGAAAUGACAAUGAUCCUUUGGCGUUCGAUUGGGUUGUGAUCGCUCGCUCCUCUGGACGUCUCUAUCUGGGAUGUACCCGUACAGUGCGGAGGAUGCUGCCCAAACGGUCAUGGCAGCGGCGGCUGCGUACAGGGCGCUGCUCGACUAUUACGCCAACGCCCCCAGUGCGGCGGGUCACAUCGUUUCGCUGACCCUGGUCCCGUUCAACGAUACUGCAGCAUCCCCCUCGUACGCGGGCGGAGUCAGCGGCGGCGACGGCGGCGGCAACAUCACCGACAGCUUCUUUGAGGAUGGCCUGGGGUCAGGAAAUGUGUUUGGAAACCAACGCCUGGAGCAGGAGGCAGCAGGCACGAGCUACGGCUUUGGGGACAGCUCUGGCUCAGGCUUUGGCUCUGCCUUCAGUGGCAAUACCAGCCCCAGCCCCAGCCCCGGAUCCAUCUCGGGAGGCGGCAGCAGCAGCGCCGCCACCAGCACCACGGAGAUGCCCGUCUGGCUGAUACCCAGCUACAGCGUGAUUCUGCUGUUCGCCGUGCUGGGCAAUCUGCUGGUCAUCUCCACUUUGGUGCAGAACCGCCGGAUGCGGACCAUCACCAAUGUCUUUCUGCUGAACCUGGCCAUUUCGGACAUGCUUCUGGGCGUGCUCUGCAUGCCCGUUACGCUGGUGGGCACCCUCCUCCGCAACUUCAUCUUUGGGGAGUUCCUCUGCAAGCUGUUCCAGUUUUCGCAGGCUGCCUCCGUGGCCGUGUCCUCGUGGACCCUUGUGGCGAUCUCCUGCGAGCGCUACUACGCCAUCUGCCAUCCGCUGCGCUCGCGAUCCUGGCAGACCAUCAGCCAUGCCUACAAGAUAAUCGGAUUCAUUUGGCUCGGGGGGAUCCUGUGCAUGACGCCGAUAGCCGUCUUCAGUCAAUUGAUACCAACCAGUCGGCCAGGAUACUGCAAGUGCCGGGAGACAUGGCCUGAUCAGGGCUACGAGCAGUUCUACAACAUCCUGCUGGACUUCAUGCUGCUCGUCCUGCCCCUGCUGGUGCUCUGUGUGGCCUACAUCCUCAUCACCCGCACCCUCUACGUGGGCAUGGCCAAGGACAGCAGCAGGAUAAUGGCCAUGCAGCAGACGGCCACGGCAGCAGGCCCAACCCCAGCCCCAUCCAUCGGCGUAGUGGCUGCCGGGGGAGCUGCAGCAGCUGGGCCCAGCAGCAAUAGCAGCAACAGCUGCAUCCUGGUGCUGACCGCCAGCACAGUCUACAACGAGAGCAGCAACAACAACAAUGGCGCCGCAGCCGCAGCUCCUGCGCCGGCGCCUACCCCAGCACCAGCAACAGCGAGACCGACAACGACAACGACAACGACCGCGACACUGACUACGAGAGCAUCAGCGACAACGUCAGCGAUGAUCAAAACGACAAGCACAACCACAACGACGGUGACGCUGGCCAAGAUGUCCUCGCCCAGCAUGCGGGUCCAAGACGCUGCUCUUCGCAGAUCAAACGAAGCAAAGACUCUGGAGAGCAAGAAGCGAGUCGUGAAGAUGCUGUUCGUCCUGGUGCUGGAGUUCUUCAUCUGCUGGACACCACUGUACGUGAUCAACACGCUGAGCAUGUUCAUCGGACAGGCGCUGUAUGAGUAUAUCGACUACACCUCCAUAAGCUACCUACAGCUGCUGGCCUACUCCUCCAGCUGCUGCAAUCCGAUCACUUACUGCUUCAUGAACGCCAGCUUCCGGCGCGCAUUCGUCGACACCUUCAAGGGCAUGCCCUGGCGGCGGGCUGGGACUGGGGCGGCGGGCGCCAUUGCCCUAUCCGCCAGCCAAGUGGCGAACAACAACCCCAAUGCCCUCAAUGCCAAUCCUGGCCAAGCCAUGGGCAUGGGCACCUGGCGGACCCGUUCGCGCCACGACCCACUAAAUUCGGUGGUGCACACCAGCAGCGCCACGGCGGCUGACAGUCCACGGCUCUAGGCUGUAGGCUCCACAGAUCCAACGAGGACUAAUGUAAAUAUGUACAUGACUCGUAUUUUUUUGUUAUAGCGAACCCUUUGUUUUUUUUUCGAUUAGAACGUAUCGUAUAUGAUUGUAAAAAUUAGUUCAUAUCUGAAAUCUGUCUAUUGGUGUUUCAAUACUUCUUAAGGUUGCCGCAAAAUAAACAAACUCAAAUUCAAACUCAAACUCAAA